GGGCGAUCACUGAUGAUGAUCAAACAAACGACUAACUUUACUUUGGUAAGGCACUGCUACUUCUUUACAAGAGAGGGCGCUGUUUUGUGUGAAGAGUGAAGUCACGUGGAGAAACGUCAGAGAGUUUGGUUAUCCAACAUGGCGGCGCCCAUCACACGGUGUUGCCCUCAUGUCUGGAAACUCUGCUCUUCAUCCUUCUUAAAAGUUAAAAACAACUCGUCUUUUUCACAGCGUGCGAAUAUUCACCGCUCAGGUACCUGUAACAGCGGGCUACUUGCAUCACUUUACAGCCGUGGUAUCUUGAAGGACUGCUUCCCCGACGGCGCUGGGCAGGUCCAGCUCCCUCAGCUCCUCCAGUCGGAAUCGCAGACUAUUUACUGCGGAUUUGACCCCACUGCCGACAGCCUACAUGUGGGGAAUUUACUCGCAAUUAUCGGACUCCUUCAUUUCAGAAAUGCCGGACACAAUGUCGUCGCUCUUAUCGGUGGGGCUACAGCUCAGAUUGGGGACCCGAGUGGGAAGACCACUGAGAGACAGGCGAUAGCUCCAGAUGUCCUCAAGAAGAACGAAGAUGGCAUCAGAGAGAGCUUGCACCGAGUGUUUACCAACCACGAACUUUACUUUUGCACAAACGCAAAGAAACUGGGCACAAUAUCCGUCCUGAACAAUGCCAAGUGGUACAAAGACUGGAAUGCAGUUGCGUUUCUGUCAGACAUCGGCAGACACUUCCGAAUGGGAACUAUGCUGAGCCGACACAGUGUACAGACACGACUCAAGAGCUCUGAAGGCAUGAGUUUCACAGAGUUCUCCUAUCAGCUUUUUCAAGCGUACGACUUUUACCAACUACACCAGACCUGUAAUUGUAAAAUUCAACUAGGAGGAACAGACCAACUGGGAAACUUGAUGUCUGGGCAUGACUUCAUACACAAGACGACCAAAGAAGAAGUGUACGGCCUGACUGUUCCCCUUGUAACGACAUCCAUGGGUGACAAGCUAGGGAAGAGUGCCGGAAACGCUGUGUGGUUAAACAGAGACCGGACAUCGCCAUUUGAUCUCUAUCAGUACUUCCUCAGACAACCUGAUAGCACUAUGGAAAGAUAUCUGAAGCUUUUCACCUUUCUUCCGCUGGCGGAGGUGGACAAGGUGAUGGAGCUUCACCAGCAGGACCCUGGGAAACGAGCUGCGCAGAAACGCCUGGCAGCAGAGGUCACCAAACUGGUGCAUGGGAAAGAAGGCCUGGAGAGUGCAAAAAGGUGUACGGAUGCCCUGUACCACAGCAACCUGAGGGCUCUGGAGCAGAUGAGUGAUGAGGAGCUGCAGGAGCUGUUCAGAGAGGCCCCCUUUAUGGAACAGCUGAUCGAACCCGGCACUACGGUCCUCGACGCCUGCCGCUGCAUAGACGCCAUCCCAGACGGGGCCAGGGGAUACAGCAUGAUAAGAGAUGGAGGUGUGUGGAUUAACCAGCAGCGAGCCUCCAACCCCGAGCAGGUGCUGACACCCGGACAACAUAUCCUGGCCAACGGGCUCUCACUCAUCCGCGUGGGCAAGAAGAACUUCUACAUCCUGAAGUGGAUAAACCUUUGAAACCAAACGCACUUACUCUCCUCAGCUUUGGACAAACAGUGGCCGUUUCCCUCCUCAAAUGCCUGAGGUAAAAGCAGCAGCCACCGGCCUCCCUCUUCUGACUCUGUGUGUACAUGAUGAAGUAAGACUUGCUGUACAGCUCUCUGGAGGACGUUGUGUUUAAGGUGUUUAAGUGUAUUGUAUGCUUAUGACUGGGAUCACAUUAGCUCUUCUCACUGUUGUACAGGUAAGAUGUGGUUUCAGUGCAUCUGACAAGAAAUAAAUUGCUUUGUCCUUUGACAGAGCAGAAUAUU